CGGUAAUUUCCCCAAGGGAGAUACAAAGAACAACCGGAAGCAAUUGUCAACAGAACGUAAGGAGCAGGGAGUGACGUUCACUCGUAGUAAACCCCAUACAAACGCCCACACAAUCAUCACAACAUCCUAGGGUGGUUUUGUCAACAUGACAGAAAUCUUCUCCUCGCUGUACGGUCAGCCUGAUUCCCAGGGUCCAUAUGGACCGUCUGCGCUGGGUUUUGGAUCUGGGAAACCUCAGGUACCCCAAAACAUGGGCCCGAUCUGUUUCCCGCAUCAGAUGGGGGAUGAAGGGGGUCCGAUCAGAAAACCCUCCGCGAUGAACGAGCCCUUCUACCUGCUGCGAGAACUGCCCAUGGAGAAUGAGCUGACGGGACACACUAAUCUCAUCACACACUACAACCUGGAGCACGCUUAUAACAAGUUCUGUGGAAAGAAGGUGAAGGAGAAACUCAGCAAUUUUCUUCCAGAGCUUCCUGGUAUGAUUGACAGUCCAGGCAUUCAGGACAACAGCUCUCUGCGCUCUCUCAUUGAGAAGACGCCAGUGUGCAACAACUCUUUCAGUCCUCUCACUGGGGUCAUGCUCACCGGCUUCAGGCUACACACUGGCCCUUUGCCAGAGCAAUACAGACUGAUGCACAUUCAACCGCCGAAGAAGAAGAACAAACACAAACAUAAACAUCAUCGGCCUCAGGAUCCUUUACCACCUGAAACUCCAUCAGAUUCAGAUCAUAAAAAGAAGAAGAAAAAGAAGGACGAUGAUCCAGACAGAAAGAAAAAGAAGAAAGAUAAAAAGAAAAAGAAGAAUCGCCAUAGCCCUGACCACCCAGGCAUGACUGGAACUCAACCCAGCAGCAGCAGUUUAAGAUAAGAACUUCCUUAAUGGCAGAAAAAACAGGAACUAUAAAGGAGUUAAAGUGAUUCACAAGCAGGAAAAUUGGGCCUUAAGUUGGGCCAGUUACAGUGAGAGUCAGAUUUGUGUGAAUAUGUGUCAGAGUAUAUUGUUACAUAAUUUACCUGGUGGUAAACCAUCAUAUCUGUUGCAUUUGUAAGUGUAUAAGUGCCUCUGUAUCUAUUUAUGAGAUUGAUGAUUAAUGGAACAUUUUUCAUUCAAUUUUUUUUAAAACCUUUUUUACAAAUAAAACACAAUCAGCCGAGAAUAGGGUGAUUUUUGUGACAAAAUCUUUGUAUUUAUUUGAUUUUUCCCCCCCGUUCAGGCAUAUUUACAGUCACGAGCACAAUGCAAGCACCAUUAUGUUGAAAAAAAAAUUCACUAGAAUCAUUGAAACCUUUGAGCACAUGAUCACAGCUCUGUAACAUACAGAACAGUGCUUUUGAAACAGAAAAAAAUAUAGUGCAAUACCGGCAUCUGCAAUAAAAACACUAUUUGUAUUUACCAGUUGUCACAUAAAGCUGAGUGUCCAUCAAGUUUAGUGAGAGUGGGAUGAGAGAACCUACAACUCCAGACCUAUGGUUUAAAAUGAUCCAUGUCACAUGGUAAAGUGAGCGUUACAUGAAACCCUGCCUCGUUUACCUGUCCUGAGUCACAAUGGGACAUUAGUUUUACCCAUACAGCAAAAUUCCAUUAAAUGACACAUUAUUUAAAGAUAGUGACUAUUCAUGCUAUUGAAUU